AUGAAGGCAGCAGAGAUCAGAUUGUCUCUACACAGACCUCUACAGCACAGAGAUCCACACAUGGCUCCUACAAUCACUGCAGCAAUGACCAACUCUCAGGAGCAUCUGACUCGGAGCCACAAGCUCAGAAAGCCUCUGGUGGAGAAGUUACGCAGAGAGCGAAUCAACAGCAGCAUCGAGCUGCUCAAGUCUCUCCUGGGUCCAGAGUUCCUCAACCAGCAGCCAGACUCCAAGCUGGAGAAAGCAGACAUCCUGGAGAUGACCGUUUGCUUCAUGACACAGCUGCUGCAGCAGAACCAGCAGCAGAGAAGACUGAUGAAGCACGACAACAAGCUGCAGUCUUCCUCUGAGAAGAAGCUGAGAGAGGCUGACUUCUCUCCUCUGAGCUCCACAGUACACAGCAGCAUCACCAAGGACAAGAGUCCAGUCAGCAGCGCCCCCUGGAGGCCGUGGUAGACUCCUACAGACUGGAAUCAUCAUCAGACAAACUGGGACAAGCUCAGUGGUCAGAGACGACUGGAAGUGAAUUCCAUGAAAUGUAAGGACUUGUUCUUCUGUAUGAACAGAAACAUGUAUUUGUGUGUUGGACGUUUCCUGAGGAAAGAAGCAACAAUAUCUUUCAAGUGAAGAAAGAAAACAUCUUGUCAUGCAUGUUGCAUGAAUCACAUCUGACUGCAUCAGCAGUUAUUAUCACCCCUCACUGUGUCAGUGAUGUAUCAUCACAUGGUUUGUUACCUGUUGAUUAACUUUGAUCUUUGCUGUGAAAACAUCUAAAUGUUCUUUUUGUGGACGUGUUUUCAUCAGGAUUUUAACUUUGAAUUUCUCUGUUCAGUCAAAAAUGAUCUGUUUUAAGAUCCAAACGUUUAUUUCAUUUUCUUUAUGAACGAGAACAUCUUGUCAUGCAUGUUGCAUGAAUCACAUCUGACUGCAUCAGCAGUUAUUAUUGUACCUCACUGUACUUCAUGUAUUUGUAUUAUAUCAUCAUAUGAUAACUUUGUUACCUAUUGAUCAGUAUUGAUCAUUGUCAUGAGAAGAUAUUUGUCCUUUUUAUGGACAUGUUCUAAUUGGACUUUACUUUAAUCUGUGUGAUUAGUCACAACUGAUUUGUUGUAAGAUCAAUAUUCUUUCUUUUGUGAAGGUUUUGUUUAAUCACAGUUUCCUUGUGAUACAUUUGUUCUCUGUUGUGCGUCAUGUGUUCCUAACAUUGAAUUCAAUAGUAACAUUGUUUCCUGUUGAAUAGUUUUGAUCAUGUUGAUCAUAAUCUUCAUUGUCCUGAUUUGGAUAUUUUGUCGUAUUUGAAUUUCCAUCACUUUGUGUGAUUGUUGAAAACUGAUCUGUUUAAAGAUCAAUAUGUUUAUUCUUUUACUGUAAAAGUUUAAACUUAAUGUCACAGUUUCUUGUGACCAUUUGUUUUUGCUUCUGAAAACUAAUUGAAGUUCCUGAUCAUUAAGAACAAUGUGAUUUGUUGUAAAGUCAUUUGUGCUUUUAUUGUUUUUACCUUUGUUGAUUAACAACAAACUUCUUUUCCACGUGGAAAAAUGCUGUGAAAGUCCAGUGAGCUCUGUGUCCUCACAUGCUGUCCACUGUUUGUCUUUUAUAAAGACACUUGUUCCCUCACUCUCUCUGAGUUCACUGUGUCUUGUAGACAUCUACAAGUUGUUGUUGUGACGCAUCGUCACCUCUAGUUGGCGCUGUCAUACUCUCAUUGUGACUUGUUGAAUAAACAAA